AUGUUUUCCAACUUUCCAAGAUGGGUUAUUGUUACUCUCGUAUCCUUAUUGGUAGUUUUACCAUUCGCCAGAACGAAGCUCGUUGGCGAUUCUCACCUUCGAACUCAUUCGCCUCGCAAACGUGGUUACCACGCAAUUUACGCCGUAGGCGAUCCAUCUGAGAUUGCGAUUUCUGCCUCAAAUUAUAAAACGAUAAACGGAUCAGGAGGUCAAAAAGUUGCAUUUUCAUCUACCGGUCGUUGUAGUAAGGUGAUCGAUGCUGAAAGUGGUACUUUUGAAACGCCAUGUACCUUUUCUACUCGUUUGCAUGAUCAAGUUUACCAUGCCGAGUGUACAAAUGGCAAAGGCUCUGCUUCUUUGUACUUUUCCAAAUUGGAAGGAUCGGCAAAUGACCAAAGCGUUCAAGUACUUACUGCUGGUAAUAUUUGGGCUGGCUUUUCAAACAAAAAGCGUGUGCCAUUGAAACAGGGCACACUGAACAAUGAUGGCGAUCGGGUUGCCGUUAUUUUAAAUUGCGAAAAUGACAAACGUGGACGUUAUUGA